AUGCCAUUGGUAGGAUGUCUACCAUACUUAUGUAUUCCAAAAAAACGAAAAUCAUUAUCAAUUGAAAAUUACUGUGAUAAAGGUGGAAAAGGUCAAGUUGAAAUAAAUAAAUUAUUUUUACGUCGUGUUGAGAGUAUAAGAGUAAAACCAACAGAGUUCAAAAAUGGUCAGCCAGUGUUAAUUGAUAAUGUAUCAAAAAGAAAAUCGAAAGUACGACCUGCAGAACCAAACGGUCUCUUUCGACAGCUGCUUGGUCAAUCAAAAUCAUCGAAACCCGUGGUGCCGAUUGUUGAUACUACAAAACUUGAUGAUACUGAACUUGAUUGUGAAAGCCACGUAUCAAAUACCUAUAAGCCAACACGUACUUCGUCACGUAUCCAACAACGAGCAAAAGAAACUAGCAAACAUGCUACUACAAAAACAUCACAUAAAACGCAUAGAAGACCACCUAUCGACUACAAUCAUACCAAGAAGAAGAGAGAAUCAUUAAAAACGUCGUGCGAACCACGGACGAAGAAAUCAUCAGUGUCAUCGAAUCGACAACAUCAUCCUCCAACACCAUUAAAAGAAGUUAUUGAGACAAAAAAAGAAAAAAUCCCAUUACGAAAAACUGUUUCAACUGCGCCAACCUUUUCCUUGCCCGACUUGCAAACGUCUAAUGACGUAGAUAAAAGAAGUGACACAAGACUAAAGCAUUUAGUUAAGCCGUCUGUUGAACUUAGUGUAGAACAAAGCAGCAACUUAAUUCCUCUAGAUACGAUUGCGUCUGGAAAAUUCGAAAUGGACUCAGUAAUUCAAGAAUCAGAGAAAAUUGAUAGUACUGUAUCGACAUCGACCAUAUACACGGCGAGCGUAAUAGAGUCACGCAGUGAUGCAUCAAGUUUAUCGCAAUGGUCAACAACAACUUAUCCAGACUCUGACAGUGAGCCGACAAAAAACGAUACGGAUAACGUUACAUCUCAUCUGCUCGAUUCAUUCAAGGGUUUGAAAACUGAUCUCAGUCCUGAAAAAGAACAAUCACGAGUAAAAAAUAGUCCAUUGAUAAAAAAAAUAGAAACUGCUUUACCACAAAAAGUCGAUGACAUAAAUAGUGUGAUCAAUCGUAGACAAUCCUUUGGUGUUGAACGUUGCUUACCAGAUCAUUCAAUAUUAACACAAAAACAUCGAUCGUACGAUCAUCUUACAAGUUACUACCUAAUUAAUCUUGAUAAAAAUUUGAAUUCACAAAUAUCCUGUAUUAAACAAGAUAGUGAAGCAACAUAUAUGGAUGAAACGAACAUAAAACUGGAUAGUCAAUCCUCACCACUAGAAGAAAAACCAAGAACAAUCAAACCGAAAAAACCAUUAAAACGAUCAGGAGACACGGAUAAUAUGUCAAGAUUUCCAAAAACCACAAAGACUUUACCAGUUAGUAAACAAGUUCUUCGGCAUGUCACCGAACUGAUGAAGCAUGACAAUGCUAAAAAACAUCAUAUAGCGGCAAAAGAUAUAGAAUCAGUACAUUUAUGA